GUAAACCUAGCUGCUCUACCUACCCGCACCCCCACCCCGUGGAGAGCAAGUGCAGCCAUGGCGGCGGAUCGGGAGAAGGAGCGCGAGGCGGAGCUGGAGGGCGCCAUGUACACUAACUGCCUACUCCUCGGCCUCGAUCCCGCGGUCCUCGGCUCUCCCUCUUCCCCCGCCGGCCGCGUGGGCCUAUUUCGUCACUCCAACCCCCGCCUUGGCGAGCAACUCCUCUACUUCCUUCUCUCCUCGCUCCGCGGCCCCGCGCAGUCCGCGAAGGAUUUUGACAAGGUCUGGCCAAUCUUCGACUCCGCUCAGUCCAGGGAGUUCAGGAAGAUCGUGCAAGGGAUCAUCAGCGAGCUGGAACAGCAUGGGGCACUGCCUCGGAGCAAUUCUAGGGUCUCGUCACUUGCCACAUGCUGCGGACCGAGAUUUGUUGAGCUUUUGUGGCAACUAUCUGUACAUGCCCUGAGAGAAGUCCACAAGAGAACAUUUGCAGCUGAUGUUGUAUCAAAUCCACUACCUGCAGCACUAACAGAUGUUUCUUAUCUUCAUGCUGCUUCUUUACUCCCAGUAACCAAGGCAAGAAUAGCUCUGGAGAGGCGUAAAUUUCUUAAAAAUGCAAACAUAGCUGUUCAGAGGCAAAUGACAUGGUCAAAUUUGGCCCAUGAGAUGACAGCUGAGUUCCGAAGUCUAUGUGCUGAAGAGGCUUAUUUGCAACAAGAGUUAGAGAAACUACAAGAUAUGAGAAACAAAGCAAAACUGGAAGGCGAACUCUGGGACGAACGGCUCUCAGGCUCAUCUGGGCAGAACUCUCAUUUGGUUUCUAAGGCAACUCGUCUUUGGGAAUCAAUAUUGGCUCGCAAAGGCCAGCACGAGGUUUUAGCUUCUGGACCAAUUGAAGAUCUUAUAGCACAUCGGGAGCACAGAUACCGGAUAUCAGGAUCACAGUUACUAGCAGCAAUGGAUAUGAGUUCAAGUGUUCCACAUUCUGAGUUACUAUCAUCUAAAGCUGGUGAAACUUCUAUAAUUUUGGAGAAGCAGGAAGAAUUUUCUCAGCUAUUCCAAGAAAAGGAAGAAGCCCUUACAAGGUCAGAUGAUAGGAAUGGACGUACUCAGCAAACUGUUGAUGUAGCUGAAAUUCUUCGCCGCUGGACCCAUGCUUUACAACGUAUUCAUAAACAAUCUCUUCAUUUGGCCAAAGCGAAUGAUGGAGAGGGGCCUGAAUUACUGAGGAGUGCAUCCAGCGGAGAGGCCAGUACUCAUUCUGAUUCGUUAACUGCAACAUUAGCUGAACAUCGCCAGCAUUUAGUCAGUAUACAGGGUCUAAUUAAUCAACUCAAGGAGGCUAUUCCAGCAAUGCAGCAGUCUAUAGACGAACUCUCAGAAGAAGUGAAUAGUGUAUCUAUUAACUCAAUGGACCAAUUGAACUCGAGGCUGCCACUGCCAGUACAAAUUGCAGGGUUUGGAACAUCAGAAGAAAGCAGCAGUGAAGUUUCGGAGAUCAAUUCUAAGCUCUCUUCUACACACUUGGAUAAGCCUGGGGGCAGUCCUGCUCUAAAGCUACCACCAUUAUUUAGUCUGACUCCAAGUUCUUCUGGAAAAGGAAUACAGACACAAAAACGGAGUGCAUUGGCUCGUCAACGUAGCCAGGACAUCACAUCAGAACAGAAAACGCUUACCAUCCCCUCAACUAAGGAUCAAAUGAAUGGUUCAAUGCACGAAAAUGAUGACUAUUCUGCUCAUGACAUUAGACGUUCUGUUCGUGAAGCUGCUUUAUCUAAGCCAUUGAAGAAUACAGAGAGACCACAAGAUAAAAAUAGUGAUGAUGGUUCGGAACACUUCUUUAUUCCGCUGUCAAUUAGUGCUGCGAAGAAGGAAAUGGAUUCGGUGGCAAAUCGAUGUAACCAAAGAUUAGGUUUGUCACCUCAGAUGAAGUUCCCAAAGAGCACAAGCUACAAUGCAGAUACCCCAAUCAACAAAAGUCCAAUUCUGUUAAGUGAACUCAAUGGACAUGAUUCGAUCAGUGCCAUGAGUUUCCUUGACCCGGCUGGUGGUCUGGCACAUCAGUCCUUUAUCACUGAUGAUGCUCUGGAUCAAGUAUUCUCUCCUCUAUUGAUGGAAUCUUCGUUGUUCCAUGAUGCAGAUGAGGAUCUACUUGCACCCUUGUCAGAGACUGAUGCAGCAUUAAUGGAAUAUUAAGCUUCACAUGUGCACUAUGUAAUAUUUUGACCACUGCAGACGCAGCCUGGAGGUUAUUGUGGCUUAUGUUUGUCUUAUUGACUAUUCGGCUAGUUGCUUGCGAGUUGCAACCAUGUUGAGAUACAGAUGCUUCAUCAGAAUUUGUGGGGUAUAUGUUGACUAUUGAUGCGGGGAGAGGUGAUAUUGAUGCUGUUUUUUCCCCUUCUGGACAAGGCUCUAUAGGUGCCGGCGUUGUACCAACUGUAGUGGACGCAAUAGGAAAGCCCAAUCUUGUAUAUUUAGUUACUAUACAUCAGCAGUAUUUGUGCUGUAAUACUUUUUCGAAUUGCUGAAAUAUGUGUUUUUCUGCUAGUUGCGUCCUCCUGAGUUUUCUCAGUUUCAGUGUACGAAAUUGCAAAUCACGAAUCUAAUGAGGUUAAGCCAACGGGGACUGUGUUCAGAGUUA